AAACCCGGUGAAGGCGAAAGAUCGCCUUUUCACUGUUACCGGAACGGAAUGGGAAGAGAAGACGAUGAUAUCAGAGCGGCGAAGCUCAGAUACAAAGAAGCGGUUCGGGAUGGGAACCACGAAAAAGAGGCGCGGCAUGCAAACAUGAUUGGAGACCUUCUCAAGAGGAGGGGAGAGUACGUCGAGGCUCUAAGGUGGCUUCUAAUCGAUUACAAGGUAUCAGCUAGGUAUCUUCCUCAGAAGCAGCUCCUUGCUGCAUGCCAGUCGCUUGGCGAUCUCUACCUCCGGCUAGAGCGCUUUGAAGAAGCACUCCUCUAUCAAGAAAAACAUUUUGAGCUUGCCAAUGAUACAAAUGACAUUAUCGAACAACAAAGAGCAGGCACACAACUUGGCCGAACUUACCAUGAAUUGUUUUUAAGAUCAGAAAGUGAUCACCAUGCAAAAAGAAGAGCCAAGAAAUACUUCAAGCUGGCUAUGAAGCUAGCUCUGUCUCUCAAGCAAAACCCUCCCCCCAAAACAAAUAGUUUCUUCCUAAAAGAAUAUAUCAUUGCACUUAAUAACAUCGGCAUGCAUGAAAUGGAUGUCGAUAAUCUUGAGGAAGCUGAGAAAAUUCUUCUCAAGGGUUUAAGGAUAUGUGAUGAAGAGGAAGUCAAUGAAUAUGAUGAUGGACGCGCUCAGCUUCAUCAUAACCUUGGAAAAGUAUAUUUAGAACUGAGGGAAUGGAAUAAGGCUAAGAACCACAUCGAGAUAGAAGUUUUAAUUUGUAAACGGAUCGGGCAUACCCAAGAUGAAGUGAAGGGGGUCAUCAACCUUGGUGAACUGCAUUACAGAGUGCAAAAGCAUGACGAGGCCAUUCUUUGCUAUCAAAAGGCGAUGGAUAUUGCGAAAAGAAUGAAGAAUGAGGAUUCCUUAGUAGAUCUUAUUUCUCAGAAUGUUGAAACUGUAAAUGAAGCAUCUAAGGUGUUAGAGUUGUUGAUAAAAGACGAGCAAAAACUCAAAAGAUUGGAGAGGGCCACGAGUGAUGCUCGUGGAACGGCAAAUGAAAGGAAGUUUUUGUUAGAGCAAUAUGUUUCCUUGGAUAGUUUGAUUGAAAAAUCUAUGUUGAUUUUUGCAUGGACGAAGCAUCAAGAAUUUGCAAAAAUGAAGAAAAGAGUAGCAACUGAGCUUUGCGACAAGGGAAAACUCGGUGAUUCUUUUCUGGUUAUGGGAGAGUCUUACCAGAAACUUAGAAACUUUGGUAAAGCACUCAAAUGGUAUAUGAAAAGUUGGAAUGCUUACAGAUCUAUUGGUAACCUUCAGGGGCAGGCAUUAGCCAAGAUUAAUGUUGGUGAGGUUUUGGAUUCUUCCGGUGACUGGGUUGGGGCACUAGAGGCAUUCAAGGAAGGUUAUAGAAUAUCAGUUGAAGCAAACUUACCAUCUUUACAACUAUCUGCACUUCAGAAUAUGCAUUUUAGUCAUAUGAUCAGAUUUGACAAUGUCGACGAAACAAGAAAAUUACAUAUUGAGAUUCAAAAUGUUGAGCGUUUACUGAAUGGAGGCGAGUUGUUGAUGAGAGUGGAUCAAGAUUACUGUUCUGAAACUGAAACAGAGGGCGUAGUUGCAUCUCUUCUUUCAUCCGAUGAAUCUGAUUCAUUGGAAAUUAAUAAUCCUUCAAUUUUUGAGGAUAAGCCAAAUUUAGCCACUGGUGAUGAUGUUGAUGUUGAUGUUCCUUUAAGAAUGCUCAUUGAAAAAAGCAAAAAAUCAUCCAAGAUGGAGAUGUCUUCAUUAAACACGAAAGCCAAAAUGUCAGAUAGUUCGGGCGAGCGUUUGAAUAGAGAUUUAGUCGAUCAUGAUGUUAACCUCCAAUCUCUUGGUCGGAAGCGUGUUCGUUUGAUUAUUUCUGACGAGGAAGAUGAAGAACCUGAUCAGGCAGCACAACUAAGAAAAAUGAACCAUGGAAAUCCCAUUGAGGAUGUGGCUACUUCUUGUGGAGAUAUCAGGCUGGGUGAAAUAGCUGGUUCUACUGCGGGGAAGGAAAGAGGAGUAGAAGAUUUAGAAACAAAUAAAGUUGUUCUUGUGCAUGGAGGUGGUUUUGGUGGAUGGUGCUGGUAUAAGACUAUGUCGCUUUUGGGGGAUGCUGGAUUUGAGGUCACUGCAAUAAACCUUGCUGGAUCUGUAACUCAUUCCGUCGAUGCUAACAACAUUACAAGUCUUUCCGAAUACUUAAAUCCAUUGAUUACUUUCCUUAAAAAGCUGGGUGGUAUUGAGAAGGUGAUCCUAGUUGGGCAUGACUUUGGUGGUACAUGCAUCUCAUAUGCCAUGGAAGCAUUUCCGGCGAAGAUUGCCAAAUCUGUCUUUCUUGCUGCCUUUAUGCUGAAAAAUGGCCAAAGAACCGUUGACAUGCUCUCUCAAGAGGAAGCUACCAAUGAAUUGAUGCAACAAGCUCAAAUCUUUUUGCAUGCAAAUGGAAAAGAUCAAACUCCUACAGCUAUUUGCCUCGAGACAUCAUUAUUAAAAGAUCUUUUGUUUAAUCAAAGCCCUACGAUGGAUAUCACUCUGGCUUCAGGUUUAAUGAGGCCUAUUCCUUUUGCACCAAUACUAGAAGAACUCGAGCUUACAAAUAUCAAGUAUGGCUCAGUCAGGAGAUUUUACAUCGAGACUACUGAAGACAAUGCUCUGCCUCUUCCCCUGCAACAAAGACUGUGUGAAUUGAACCCGCCGGAGAAGGUUUUUAGGCUUGAAGGCUCAGAUCACUCCCCAUUUUUUUCCAAGCCUCAAGCUCUGCACAAGAUCUUGGUGGAGAUCGCAAGAACUUGAAAAUUAUGUAAAGCUUUUGCUGAUAAAAAUUUGAAACUCAUCGGACUCAAAAAUGUUUAUUCUUACAAGUGGGAUUUUGGUGAGAUUUAUUUUCCAAUGAAAAUCAUAUCAAAGAUGUAUUGACAUAAAAGUUGGGGGCAUUUACAUACAUACCUCAUAGAAUUCCUAUAUAUUUAUAUAUCUAACAUCAACAAUUUACUUUGUUACAUUACUACCCCCAAAUCUUUCAUAUCAUGUCAAAAGUAUG